UGUGAUUUUCUGAAUCUUGAGCCUAGCUAGGAUGCAUCAAUUACAGGGGGGAAUAGCAAGAUCCCACAGACUCCCAAGUAUAGAGAUAUGGGUGUCUUCAAAGACCCCCCACCCCCGAUGGACAAAUCACUCAACAAUGUCUUGUUGUAGGGGAAGAGAGAGGGAGAGAAAUAGAGGCAGCACCGGCCUGUUACUUUUUAAGGAGAAGGAAGGUGCACGAAGGAUGCAGAAGGGCCCACAGUGGAGGCACUGAGCCCCGAGAAAGUAUUUCAGAGGAAUAUCAGGAACCUGAAGAUACAUAAAGGAAAGCAAAACCCCCAGCUGGACUAUAUAUUUAGCACUGUGGUUAAUGGAGCCUGAUUUUAAGCUCCAGGGUAGUUAUUAACAAGCUCCCUGAGGAGAUAGCUCUCUCUGUUAGUCCCUCUCCUACUAUCAAGAAGGAACUCGCUGACAUAGUGUGUGGGACUCUCUGCCCACUCAGCCAGUUUAAUCACGUUUCACAGGACAUCUAGUGCACUGGAGGUCGACAAUGGACACUGAGUUCAGAUUUAAUCUUAUAGUCAUAGGAUUCUGUUUGCUUCUGUGUUGUAAUUAAAAUAUUAAUUGAAUUUUGAUUUUGCAAGAAGUUCAAAAUGAAACAAGUAAAACGCACCAGGCAGCCAAUAACUAUACAUGCAUCUAAAAGGUCCUCAUUAGCUUCUUUGAACUCACUAUUACUUACUAACAUGGGUGGACUAGAUGAUCCUCAGGGUCCCUUCCAACUCUGCGAUUCUAUGAUUCUGUGAAAGAGGACCGCUGUAAUCAGAGUCUUUUUGUAGGAGAUUCUCUUCUAUAAAACAAGAUUUUAAUUCCAUUGAUUUUGUGGAAUAGGGACUGACAGGCACGCAGAUGGCAGCAAUAGUCGGAACAUAUUUUGGCUGGCUUUUUCAGGAUGGAUUCUAAUUGAACUCUGCUUGCUUUUAGCAUACCUCACCUAGGUUCUGCAAAGCAGCGCAGAGAAGCCUUGACAUCUCAGCUGCUUUGCUGAGAUGUUUCUGCCUCUGGUUUUGUUAAUGUUCAAUGAGGGGUGGGAGGAUAAGCGCCAAGCCUCAUUUAAAAGUGUUUCUGCGACAAGCUGCUUUGUGCAUUGACAAGAAGGGAUUAGAAGGUCUGUUUCUUUCUGCCAUGGCUUCUAGUACAGCUUUCCAGUUUUUCAGUCUCACUGUGCUUUUUGCACAUUGCACCUCAUUUUCAGUCGACCGCUUACUACCGGAUGAAGAUGCUGAUGCUGAUGCUGGUGAACUGAGAAAGGACAUCCCUGAAAUAAAUUCAGCUGCUGGACUCACCCUCUUCCAGGGGGAUAUUGUACUGCCUAGAAGCCGUAGUGCGCUCAAAGAUGAGGCUUACCGAUGGCAGUUCCCUAUUCCAUUCAUUCUGGGUGACAGCCUUGAUCUGAAUGCCAAAGGGGUAAUUCUUAGAGCGCUUGAAGGAUUCCAGUUAAAAUCCUGUGUGGAUUUCAAACCAUAUAAUGGGGAGCAGUCGUAUAUAAUAUUUCAGAAGUUAGAAGGAUGUUGGUCUAAAAUUGGAGAUGUAAAAGGAGGCCAGAACCUUUCUGUUGGUGCAGGAUGUGACACCAAAGGCAUCAUAUCUCAUGAGAUCUUACAUGCUUUGGGACGUAUCCAUGAGCAGACACGGCCAGACAGAGAUGAUUAUGUCGAGAUCUGGUGGGAUCACGUGCUUCCAGAUCAAGAGUACAACUUUAAGAAAGUGGUUGAUGACGAUAUAACAGACUUGAAUACUCCUUAUGAUUACGAGUCCAUCAUGCACUAUGGUCCAUCUUCAUUUAGUAAAAAUGAAAGCUUAAAAACAAUUACUACGAAAAUACCAGAAUUUAAUAACAUUAUUGGCCAACGCUUGGAUUUCAGCGCUUCUGACCUGGAAAGACUCAAUCGAAUGUACAACUGCACGAGAACUGUCAUCCUUUUGGACCAAUGUGAUUUUGAGUCAGCUGAUAUAUGUGGCCUGGUUGAGAAAACCAGUGGAGAUACCAACUGGAUUCGUAAGAAGAGUGGCCAAGACCAUACCCUCUCUGGACGCUGCAAAGAUGCCGGCUAUUUCAUGUACUUUAACACCAGUUUUGGGAAGAGAGGCGAAACAGCGAUUUUAAAAUCCCGCAUUCUGUACCCAAAGAGGAGAAACCAGUGUCUCCAGUUCUUCUUCAAAAUGACAGGAAGCCUCUGGGACAGGCUUUUCAUCCAGGUGGUCAAGGAUGAUGGCACCGGAGAAGUCCGCAGGCUGGUUAAAGCCAAAACAUUUCAAGGAGACAGCGACCAUAACUGGAAAAUUGCCCAUGUGACUCUGAAAAAUAAAAAAAAAUUCAGGUAUCUCUUCCAUGGCCUAAAAGGCAAUCCCGAUGACUCAUCUGGAGGAAUUUUCAUUGAUGACAUCACCCUGAGUGAAACGCGGUGCCCCAGUGCUGUCUGGCUUAUUCGCAACUUCUCUCAUCUUCUUAGAACUGCCCCCGAAGACUAUGCCAUGCUCAGUCCCCGGUUUUAUAGCUCUGAAGGCUAUGGUUUUGGCAUAACGUUGUAUCCCAGAGGCCAGAGUGAUUCUGCUUCGGCAAACUACACAAGGAUUUCUUUUCACCUGGCUAGUGGAGAAAACGAUGGUGUCCUCGAGUGGCCAGCUCUGAACAGGCAGGUGACCAUCAAGGUGCUAGACCAGCAUACCAAUCUCAAGGAAAGGAGGUCCAUCGAGAGGAGUUUCACAACAGAUGAAUCACAGGUUCUGCCAGAAAAAAACAAUUCUUCCCGAUGGGGAAAGCCUUCUCUUCUGGGGAAAUUUGAUACUUCAUGCAAAUGCCACCGGAGCAUAGAUCGAGGAUGGAGCAAUUUUGUGUCCCAUGCACACCUAAGAAGAAGGAAUUAUCUGAAAAAUGAUGAUCUUAUUAUCUUUGCAGAGUUUGACGAUUUAACACAUCUCAAGAAGACGGAACACAUUUUCCCAGAAAAACAGCCUGUGGAACAGAAUGACUCCCUGGAACGGAAAAAAAGAUCAGCCUCUCUGGAAGACUGGCAGUCCUACCUGAGAGAACAGUGUGACCCAAAUCCGUGCCAAAAUGAUGGCAUUUGUGUAAAACUAAAAGGAAAAACAAGCUGCAGGUGUGCUACAAGCUGCCUCUUCUUCUACACAGGAGUGAGAUGCCAGGUGACACAUGUCCACUGGAACACCCUUGGUCUGUUAGCUGCUGGAGCUGUAGCACUAACCAUAGUUACGAUUUCCUUAUUAGUUAGGCAAUAGUCUUCCUUUUUCCAGAGUGUAGUUUUACAGUGAUUUCAUACUUUCCGUGAAUUUUGUUGUAAUUCCAACUCACCUGAACUCGAUCAUCUGAAUUAUGUGAAAGUGAUAACAUGAUCACCUCCUGUCACCUCAGUCAUGUGCUCCAAAACUGGAGGCCAAACAGGGAAGUGAUAGAAGGUCCCGACUCCUUGUCUUGGUUUAACUUGACAUAACAGAUAACUGCCCUUAGAAUCUCAAUGGAGCAUUAAGCAUGACUAUGGCCUCUGUUGGAGUUCUGUUGAUUUCAUUGUGCAAGCAGAGUCUGUGGAGAUGCGAGCAGAUAUUAUGUGCCUGGUUUAAAAGGCGGAGGAGACCUCUUCAAAGUUGGCUUUGCAUUCUUAGAGCGUUUGCACUGCACAGUUCUAUUCCAGGCAUAGGAAUGUUGCAGUAUCCUUUCUCCUUUCCUCCUAAAAUGCUUUGCUGUUGGUUUUUAUGGGUGUGUAGUCCUCAGCACCAAAGACAAUGGGGAAAGGUUACUUGUGAAUUACUGUUAACUCCAGAUUAAAGUUGUGACACAA